GUGAAGCAGACCUCAAGGGUUUUAGUGGAACAGGCAAAAUCCAAAAGAAGCCUAUCCCUCACAUAUGGGCAGAGGUUUGUCAUUAUGUUGUUCAAUCCGUUCAGGUAGAUGAGAAAAAACUGAAAAAAAUAUAUUCCGUAUUAAUAAGAGAAGCAAUAGAAAGAUGCAAAGUAUACUGUGCUCCAACUUAAGAUUAAUGCAGAUUUUGAAAUUCUUCACAAACCCACACAAGCCAAUGAUACUUGCAUUGUCCCGUCCUGAUCCUAAGAAGAACGUUAUGACUCUGAUCAAGGCUUUUGGAGAAUGCCGAGCCCUUCAAGAACUAGCCAAUAUGACACUUAUACUGGGCAACAGAGAUGAUAUAGAAGAGAUGUCAAGUAACACCUCCACAGUUGUCACUGCAGUACUUAAGCUCAUUGACAGAUACAAUCUAUACGGCCAGGUGGCAUAUCCAAAGCAUCACAAGCAACACGAGGUUCCUGAUAUAUAUCGCCUAGCUGCAAAAACCAAGGGAGUUUUCAUCAAUCCAGCUUUUGUUGAGCCAUUUGGUCUCACUCUUAUUGAGGCUGCAGCUUAUGGAUUACCAGUAGUUGCAACAAAAAAUGGAGGGCCUGUUGAUAUAAUUAAGGAGCUUAACAAUGGGUUGCUUGUUGAUCCACAUGACCAACAAGGAAUAUCAGAUGCUCUUCUAAAGCUUGUUGUUGAUAAAGCCCUCUGGCUUGAGUGCCGUAAGAAUGGUCUAAAAAACAUCAGUCGCUUCUCCUGGCCAGAUCAUUGCCUUAACUAUUUAUCCCAUGUCGAGCAUUGCAGAAAACGCCACCCUGCAAAUUUUCUUGAAGUUAUAGUGCCAGCUACUGAAGAACCAAUGACUGAAUCACUAUGUGGGGUUGAAGACUUUUCACUUAACUUCUCCAUUGAUGCAGACCUUAAACUUAACAGAGAUGUUGAUAUGGAUAACAGAAAGCAAGAACUUAUCAAUGUGCUAACACGGAAGCAAUCUUUGAAUCCCAAAUUAUCCAUUAGCUAUUUCCCGGGAAGAAGGCAAGCACUAUAUGUAGUGGCAGUAGAUUGUUAUGACAACAUGGGAAAUGCUUCAGAGAUAUUAUCUCUAAUCAUCAACAAUGUGAACCAAAUUAGAGGUUCAAAAUCCAGCCAAACAGGUUUAGUACUAAUGACAGGAAUGAGUCUCCAUGAGAUGAAAGAAGCAAUAAAGAAUAGCCAAGCAAAUCUGGAAGAUUUUGAUGCAAUUGCUUGCAACAGUGGGAGUGAAAUGUACUAUCCAUGGAGGGAUAUGGUACUCGAUGAAGACUAUGAAAUGCAUAUUGAGUACCGGUGGCCAUGUGAGAAUGUAAAAUCAGUCAUGACAAGGCUGGCCAAAGUAGAUGCCAGCGGUACUGACAGUGAUGACAUGACUUGCAUUAGCCCAAGCAGCUCCCGAUGCUACACUUAUAUCAUUAAAGCGGGAACCAAGACUCGGAGAGUGAAUGAUCUUCGACAAAGGCUACGCAUGAGAGGAUUUCGUUGCAACACUGUAUACACACAUGCUGGGUUAAGGUUGAAUGUGAUUCCAUUAUAUGCAUCAAGAUCCCAAGCAAUCAGGUACCUUUCUAUUAGAUGGGGGAUAGAUCUUUCCAGAAUAACAGUCUUUGUGGGGGAAAGCGGGGACACUGACUAUGCAGACCUGCUCAUGGGCCUUCACAAGAUUAUUAUUCUACAAGAUUGUGUGGAAUGUGGCAGUCAUAAGCUUCUUCACGAUGAAGAUAGCAUCAAAUGGAAAGAUGUAACAUCCCAAAACAACACAACCACAACCAUAGCCGAGAGUUAUGAAGCACAAGUUAUCUGCACAUCAUUGGAGAAGCUAGGAAGCAUGUGAAGUAUAUAUUUUAUUACCUUUUAGAAAAAGGGUAAUAAAUAUUGAAGGGGAUUAGAAUUUGCACCUAAAUUGAUACUGUUUUCAGAUACAUAUAUAAUGGUAUACAAGCGUGUAUAAAAAAUAAAGGUACACAAGCUCAUCAAGUGUAUGACUACAACACAUAGUAAUCACAUUUUUUUACCUGGUAAGCAAAACCACCGAAAUCGGUGGGGCAAAUGCCGGGGAACAUUUGCCGGAUAUUAUAAAAAUGAAGCA